GCGUCCUCCUGUCCUCUCCCCGUGCCACAGUGCCUUCCACUCUUUUUCCUUCCAAUUCCAAACAAAACCCAUCUUCCACUUAACUCACUUUAGUAUUUGCUCUUCAUUCCAAUGAGUCCAGAAAUUGAAAUCCAUUGAAUUCUCCAAAAAAAAAACUCACCCUCCCCAUGGGUUCUUUCUUCAUGGGGGAUCACAGUCCAUAAUUUCAUUUGAUCAUCUUGUACCUCUAGCUCCAAAACACAUCUAGAUUUGAAACCUUUUUGCAGUUUCUUCAAAAACUCUUACCAAAGACUCAAUCUUUGCCCCAUAUAAAAGAAGAAACACAUGAAAAAAUGAAACACACUCAUCUGCUGAUCCUAAUCAUACUGCUCACCUCAUUUUCCUUCUUAGCUUUGCUUCUUUGUUUCGUGUUCUGUUGUUGCUAUAGGAGAGGGGCUCAAGAGGAUGUCCCGAGAGACCCGGAAUCUGGGUUUGAGGUCAAGGAAAAGGAAGGGGGAAUGGCUGUGGUGGGGAGUAAGGAGAUUUUGAUGAACUUUGAGGGCGGGCAAGAUCUAACGGUUCUUGACAUUCUUGAUGCGCCUGGGGAGGUGAUAGGGAAGUCAAGCUACGGGACAUUGUAUAGGGCGGCUUUGUUUAGCUCCGGUAACAGCAGAUCAGCACUGUUGAGGUUCUACAAGCCAGCUUGCACUUUGGGUCUCAAGGAAGUGGUUCCAAUAAUCGAGCUUUUGGGGUCAAUUAGGCACCCCAAUCUGGUUCCCUUGUUUGCAUUCUAUGCAGGCUCCAGAGGGGAAAAGCUGCUGGUUCAUUCCUUCUAUCGCAAAGGCAAUCUGUCUCAUUUCAUCAGAGAUGGCAAUGGUGAGGUGCACAGAUGGCCGAUCAUAUGUAAAAUCUCCAUGGGAGUUGCUAGAGCUUUAGAUUAUCUCCACACCUCCUUUGAAACCCCCAUAGUCCAUGCAAACUUGAAGGCCAAAAACAUAUUUCUGGACAACCUUUUCCAGCCACAUGUGUCAGAUUUCGGUCUCCAUUUACUUCUGACCCCAAUGGCUGGACAAGAAAUGCUUGACAUUGCCGCAGAUGAGGGGUACAAAGCUCCUGAAGUGAUCAAAAUCAAAGAUGCUGGCGAAAUGAGUGAUAUAUAUAGCUUCGGAGUGAUCUUGUUAGAACUGCUUACGGGGAAGGAACUGGUUGAUGAAUACACUUCAUAUCCCGGUUUGCCAAAUGUGGUCAAGAGUGCCAUAAUUGAGGAUCGGAUUACCGAGUUGUUCCACCCAAUGGUUUUUCUUGACCAAAAGGAGGACCGUAUCGUGGAGUUGCUUCGGUUAGCUAUGGAUUGUUGCUCACCGUCUCCUUCUAUUAGGCCUAAUGCUAAAGAGGUCCUUACUAGGCUUGAAGACAUUCAAAGGUUAUGAAGGACACAACAUAAAGACGUUGACUAUACUAACAUUUUUAGGAUAUACGUAGUUAUAUACUACGCUCCUGGGGAGUGAUCUUGAAAUGCCAUUUCACCAAGGGCAUCCAACUUGAAAUUUUCCAGUGUUGUUUUUACAUGGAUUUGUGGUGUUAGAUGAUUUCAGAUGAGACAAGUGUUUAACACUAGAUUUCAUGGAUUUAUUAUAAUGGAGAGGCCUAAAUAUUGUCAAGAUGAGUUUUUUUUUUCUUUUUGAAGAAUAUGUCAGGAAGGAAGAAGAUGACACUGAUUUCUCCAAGAAGAAGCCAUCUUAGGUUGCAGAGUUGGUGCAUAUGCUGUCAAAUGGACCCUUUUAGCCAAACAUGUAGUAGUUGACUAUAGUUUGAUCUAUUAGGCAAACUUAUCAGAGGUGUAGUAGAACUGACUGUAUACAUUAUGAUAUUUCAGACAUGAGUACUAAUAUCUUCAAAUUACACUUUCAUUACUGUUAGAAAAUGAGCUGGUGCAUUCAAUAUCCAGAAAUUUGUCUUUAUUUUUUCUUCUGGCGAUGUAAUUCAAAUGUAUGGCUGGUGGUUGGUAUUGCGACUGGAUGGCAGGCACUUUCACAGGUCGCAUCUGUCUAUUAAAAGCUUACGUAUUACAAAAAGAUGCCUUGAUUAGUUGCUUAUAAUAAUCCC